UUGGAGGAGCCGGGCUCGGCGGUGGCUAUGCACUGUAGCUCUGGGCAGCUGCACACCAUCCUGAGCAUUUGCAGAGUCUGCAUCCUUCCCGUCCCCUCCCCUGCUCGCCCGCCUCUCAUGGUCCAUUCCUGGUACCCUAUUUAAUUCCCUCUACUGCUGCAUCAUAUCUGGCUUGACACUAGUUCAGCUCUUCUAGGGGAGAAUCCCCUCCGUUCUCUCGCCCCAGCUGGAAUUAUUGCCCUUCCUUUUUUAUGAUUUUUUAUGAUUUUUUUUAUAACGCAGUCUGUAUCUUCUCUCAGGAGAACCUGGCCGAUCCUUAUCUUCUAAUCUGUCCUCUCCUGGCACCGGCGAAGAAGACCAAGCAAGAGGAAGAAAAGGGACGGAUCUUACCGGGAAAGGAUUUUUGCCCAUUUGACCGUCAUGUAUCUUGCAACCAUCCUGCUCCUGACCCUGGCUGGUUUCACGGGGGCUAACGUGUCCGAAUAUGACCCCAGCCAACCGGUCACGUCAGAUGUUUUGGUUGCCACAGGAGGCAAAAUGACCUUAACCUGCACAGUGGAUGACCAUGAAGAGUCUUCACUCCAGUGGUCCAAUCCAGCUCAACAGACUCUAUACUUUGGGGAGAAGAGAGCCCUCAGAGACAACAGAAUCCAGCUGGUGAAAUCCUCUAAGAACGAGCUGUCCAUCAGUAUUAGCAACGUGGCCCUGUCUGACGAGGGCGAGUACACCUGCUCCAUUUUCACCAUGCCGGUCAGGACAGCUAAAGCCAUGGUGACGGUUCUAGGAGUUCCCCAGGAGCCUCAGAUCUCUGGUUACGACAGGCCAAUCAGAGAAAAUAGCAACGCAGAUCUGAGAUGCAUCACAAGUGGCAGCAAACCUGCUGCCAACAUCAGGUGGUACAAAGGACCGGAGGAGCUGGAAGGAGCUCGAAACUCUGAAACAAGGGAUCCUAACGGCAAAACCUUCACUGUCGUGAGUCUCAUUAGCUUCCCUGUGACCAAAGCAGAUGACCAGGCAGAGAUAACUUGCACUGUGGGCCACGAGUCAAUGCCUAAUACCUUCAAAUCCUCCAGCCAGAGGCUCCAGGUUCUAUAUCAUCCUACAGCAAAGAUUGAGUCUCGGCCCAACCUGCCAAGAGAGGGGGACAGGCUGAUGCUGCAAUGUGAUGGCUAUGGAAAUCCAGAGCCAAAGAAAUAUACCUGGAUGCGCAAGAAUGGCGAUCUGCCAGCGACAGUGAUCACUGAUCAAAACAGCCUUUUAUUUCACAACCUCAACAAAAGUGAUAGUGGCACCUACAUUUGCCAUGUAGCAAACCUCCUGGGGGAAUAUAUGGCAGAGUACAAACUGGAUGUCAAUGAAUCUCAGACAUUUUAUCAAGACCCUAGCCCUGUUCCCUCCCAGUCAAGCAUUGACCACGCUGUUAUUGGAGGAGUGGUGGCAGUUAUCGCCUUUCUGCUUUUCUGUCUGCUUAUUGUCUUGGGACGCUACCUGAUCAGACACAAAGGGACCUAUCUCACCCACGAAGCCAAGGGAUCAGAUGAUGCCCCCGACGCCGACACCGCCAUAAUCAACGCCGAGGGCGGACAAGGAGGGUCUGACGACAAAAAGGAAUAUUUCAUCUAAGCUCCCAACCUUCUCCUACAAAUGUGACAACGGCAGCAAGAUCAACACAUAGUUAACAACAAAAAAACAAAACAGCGGCAGAACACAUUGAAACCAACGUUCAGAAUAUCUGACGUGGACGACUCUAUCUCUCCCUCUACCAGGGCUACAGCAAGGCGAAGGGGGACGGGAGAGAAAGGGACAUCGAUGGGAGUGAUUAUGCUUCUAAAAACAAACUUGUAUAAAAAGUUAUUACUAAAAACUCCUAAAAAAGAUAAAAAAUUGCUUGCUUAAAUCUACAUAUCUUCGGUGAACGCACUAUUCUAACAAAUAAUAAUCGUGAGUUAAGAUAUUUUCGGUUUAUAUUCAUGUACAAAGUUUUAUCUUUUGAUUUUUUUUACUUUGGAAUGUUGAGGGGGUCGGGAAAGUAUAUAUAAUAUAUUUAGUGUUUUUUUUUUUUUUCAUUUUUUGAAAAUUCUUUUUUUUACUUUAAUUUUUUGAAUUUUUUUUUUCCUGGGUAACUUAAACUGGUAGGAUAGAUAUUUUCUAGGGAGGAGUGUUAUCCGUCAGGAAUACAUAGGGAGAUAUUUCUAAGAUGCCACGAUUAAAGCUUCCAUUUUAAGACCUGCAAAAUUGUAUAAUUUACGACUCCUUAUAACCGUUGUGGAGGAUGGCAUGGUAUGGUUUGGAUGGGUGACCUUUUGGUAGCCGGUGACCAUCCUUAACUCUGGCUGGGCAAAUGUUAAGUGAUGUUUUUUGGCACUUGACAAGUAAAGCUGUUGGAAAUGGCACGAGAAGGGAGGUCCCGGAAAAAUCCCAGUUUCGAGGCGGGUCAUGGUCCCUAACCGAGUUGGCUUUUAUGCUAAUCAGGGUCUCGGUUUUGCACACAAUUAAUGAAAAGGUACAGUGUUAUUUUCUUAGUGUCAUAAUGUUUUUCAUUGUUUUUGGUCUUUUGUCAUUACCCCAGGUCUUAAUGGAACAGCAUGGUAUGGUAUGGAAAGCGGCAAACCAAUCAGAACCCUCCAUUUCGAAGAGGCGGUCAUACAUUUGGAGAGAUCUGAUUGGUGAGCGCUCAGCAGUAGAAUUCCAGUUACAACCCAGUUAUUGCCAUUGGAUUUGUGGUAUUUAAUCUCUCAUAAAGCACCAUACCUAUUAUAUUUACCACAUGAAUGCGUCAUCAUCAGGUGAUUUAUAGUUUUAAAAAUGUGGACUUCAUUUUCACAGAGCUUACAGCGUCAGUCAUUUGACAGCGUUACUGAUAUUAACCAAUAAAUCUCUGUACUAUGUCAUACUAUGUAUGUACUGGGCUUGGCAUAAAUUAUUUUUUUUCGCUGUGUCAUGUUGCAUUGUCCAUCAUUUUUGUACCUUUUAUGUCAUUCAUGCCUUGGUGUCACAUAUUUUAAACAUCUAUUUGUAUAUGUGUAUAUUUACUUAUGUAUGAGACCUGGUAGAAAAUGCUCACAAUUGGUCAAAAGUGGAAAUAACCAACAUCAUUUGAGUAUCAAAGUGACUAAAGUAGCAAAAGAUUGAUGAAGCAACUUUCUUUAGUCUAUUUAGUCCUAGCCUUGAGGACAACAGUUGAAGCCAUAAGACAUGUUUAGCUAUGUCAGUGAAGCCAAAACAAAAAUGGCUCCUGUCAUUGUAAAUGGUUGAUGGGACCCACCCGUUGGUUCUCUCUUGUUGAAGGCUCGAACCCAUAGGAAAUGUCAGGCUAGGUCACUGAGGCCUAAACA